CACCUGUCGAGCCGUUCCCAUCGCGCACACAGCCCCUCGGCCCCUCUCUCAACGCUGCGCUGCCCUCUCUGUAUCUCACCGUCUCACUCUCACGCAGCCCUCCCAUCUCUCACGCAGCCGGCAGCCCCUCUCUCAUGUCUCUCUGUCUUCGACGUUUGCAUGGUAGCCGUUCAAAUUUUCAGAUUGCAGGCUGCCUAUAUUUAAUUAUAGAGAGAGCAUAUUUUUCAACCUUCACAGUAGGCAAGAGCUGCGGCAGACUUGCAGAGCGCAGCUUUUGGAGGUGCUUUAUAUGGGGCCGCCCGCCCUAUAUAAAAGUCCGACCCCUCACGCUCAAUGCUCAGCUCACGCGGCACACGUAUCGUUCAUUCAACGGUAAUUCAACGAAGAGUGUGUGAAGAGAGGUUCGAUUUUCUUCGAUCUUGAGGUUAAAGAUUCAAGGCUCGGCGGUGAUUGAAAAAGAUGGCAAUGGUUUCAGGAGGAAGGUCGACAUUGAACCCCAACGCACCUCUUUUCAUUCCUGCUGCUUUCCGCCAAGUGGAGGAUUUCUCUCCAGAAUGGUGGCAACUGGUCACAACCUCAUCAUGGUACCAUGACUAUUGGCUCAGCCAGCGUCAGGGUGAGGAUAGUUUCUGUGACAAUGCUGAGGAUGACUUUGAUGGUAUCGAUGUAGCUGACUUGCUGCCAGAGACUUUUGAAUUUGAUGAUGGUGGAGAUUUUUCAAAUAUGGAAGCUCAAUUUGAGGAGUAUUUUGUCCAAUCUUCUGAACACAGAGGCUUGGAAAUGAAUGCUGAAACACUGGUGAAGAAUCUGAAAACUUUGGAUGAAAGAGGUCCCAAGUCCCCAGUUCAACCUGCAAAGAAGUAUAAUGAGAAGCCAGCCAAGUACGUGAACCCGAAAUGCAGCCCCCGACGCAUCCAGCAGCCUCGCUGAAGGGAGCAAGCUUGUAGCUCUGUUUCUAGUGUCAAAUCAAAUCAAUGUCUCGCAUUUCGCAUUCUGCAGCUUUUGUAUAGGGCAAGGUUGCAACUCUUGUAUCCAUCCUUGUUCAUUCUCGUGUCCUUUAUCAGUUUACAGUUAGCUUUACCAACAAAUCCUUGGAAUAGAAAAUUAGAAAAAAAAAGGUGUAAAAAUGACAAGACGAAAAAAGAAGAAGAGGUUCUGUUUAUAAGGAAAUGAAAAUUUUUUCGUGCUUGUCCAUUGCGUUUGAUUUCUCAAGCUAAUAGCCCCUUUGAAUCUUUCCAUAUCCUGCUUAAUGGAUUAUCUUUUUCUUUUCUUGAA